AAUUUUGGCCCAGUACGAUCUUCCUACACGCAUACUCCAACUGCGGGGGACUCGGGGAGACCUCUUCCCCCCACCCGUGAAACGCGUUUCCGUGACGCGCCGUCGAUAGUCGCAGGACGGGUAUUAGAUGAGAUCUCCCGCGCAGCAACCUCCGUCGGUGUUCAGAAAGUGUCUUGGGAUGAAACUAGCUCCCAAAGGGUCAAAAACUAAGGACGAUAUCCGCCCUCCAGUGAAGCUGCUUAAACCGUAUGACCUCGCAUUGGAAUUGCAGCAGAUGUGUGGUCAAGGCGACAUGGACGGUGCUUUUCGACGUCUGCAGAGUACACCAAGAGAUGCACAGAACACAUCGGUAUGGAAUACGAUGAUCUCUUUGUGUACAAAUGCUGGACGUUAUAAGCGUGCCUAUGAAGUCUUCACAGACAUGAAGCGCAGGGGCUUCUCUCCCAAUGCUGCCACUUUCUCUACGCUUCUCAAGGGACUUAGCCAGAUUGAUGAUUGGUCGAAGCAUUCCAAACAACUUGCCAAUGCCCAUACCCUCUACGGAUACUACAUGGAUCACGUAAGGUCCGUCAAGUACCACGAACCCGACAACACCAGGGAACUGAACACAGUACCUCUGGUAUUCUACUUAUCCAUACUGGGAGAAGUCGGGGAUCGACAGAAGAUUUUUGACGUCUUCUUUGCGAUGGACGCUGAGGGACUUUUCGCUCCGGACAAGUAUCUGUUCUGUUCCAUGUUCGAUGCUAUUACCAAGUGUCAAGAACGACGUUCUGAUACCAAUGACGAAAUAUCCGUAUCCAACACUGCCAAUUCGGACGCGAAGUAUAUCUGGCUUCAGGUCGAGAAGGCUGUACAGAAGCAAAGAGGCUUUGAGCUGGACUCCCGUGUCAUUGGGGCUGCGAUCAGGGCAUUAACACGCGGUCGGGCGAGUGACCAAACCUUAGCCCUUGACAUAGCUACGAAACAUCUUGGUUUCGCUAUGUUCGGCGAGCGCGCAACGCUUCGUCUCUCCAGGUUUCUCACCCCCUGGACUCUUGACGUGACACUUACUCUUUGCAAUACCAUGCAGAGGUACAAACUUUGCGUGCACUUCAUGCGGCAGGUCAUCGAAAGACUCGACUUUGACAAACCUGCACGAGCGUCAAAUCGUCGACAGGAGUCACAUUCAUAAACUCUUACGCGCGCAUUCCGCGCUUGCGAGACGUGGAUCACCGGACGAAUCUCUGCAG